AUAGGUUUAUUCCACAAUAUGUGAGUCUACUUUGUCAGUCUCUAGAGUAUUAUAUUGAUGUCAUCAGGCAGGUCAAUGUUAAAAACCUUAAAAGCCACAUCCAGGAAAUUCUAAUCAACCUAUCAAAGAUCUUAUAUUCCUUCACUGAUAGUCUUUGCAGUGUCCAAGGUGUGGAAUGUGUGAUUCAGCCAGUUGUCCAGAUGAUCAAAGUCAUAUGGAGCAGGUUAGAUAGAGCUUCAGUCUCAAGGGAUCCAUACAGGCAUCUCACCAACUCUGUCUGUCAUAAGUUACUUUGUGAUAUGGUUGCGCACUUUAGAUACUACUAUGACUUUGAGGAAAAUAGGUACACUUGUCACUGUUUCAAGCAAGUACUUGUUCACUUAGUCCAAGUUGAAGGUGCCUCAGAUAUUGAUAUCAAUGGAGAUACCCUUCUGCAUUCAUUGAUGGGUCUUGUGUUCUCGGGAGAGAUUCAGAUGGUUCAAGACAUAGCUCUUCUAUUUCUAAGAUAUGAUUGAUGUGCUGCAUGCUGAAUUUAACUGCUAGUUUUGUGCUUCUGAAAGGUCACCAGGCAAUGCAUGUUUAGUCAUGGCUUCUACAGGACCUGUAGCAUCAUCCAGUUUGAAAGACUGUAGCAGUUCUAAGAGAGAGGGUGAUCUGGUCAGGAUCAUUGAGGAUGAUGCCACACUGGUAAUGGUUCAGGAUUUCAUCAAGCAGCAGGAUGGGAAGACUGACUUGAAUGAGAGAAACAAGCAUGGUCGGACGGCAUUGAUGAUGGCUUGUUUGCAUGGAAAGCUGGAAAUUGUGAAGUAUCUUCUUGAGAUAGGAGCCGAUCAUCAUCUUACUGCACCUGACAAAAAGAACACUGCGUUGCACUUUGCUUGCAUGUUCAUGGAAAGCAACAGUGAAGCAGACAGUGCACUGAUAGGGGAAGAGACUGCAGAAGGGGCUAAAAAUCCAGCAAGUGGAGAAGCCAAAGGAGACGGUUUCGAGGCUCAUUUUGAUGUGAAAGGAGAUGCGAUUGUAUUACAACUUAUCGUUAACCUCCUGUUGCACAAAGCCGAAUUCCAGAAGAAUGAUGAUGGACUGUAUCCACUUGACUUAGCUGCAUUGAACAAAAGACUCGGUGUCUUUGCUUUCCUUGGCAGUAAAGGUCUAGUGGGAAAAUCUAUGCUUGUUAGGGGAUUGAACAUUCUGGGUUACUUAUUGGCUGUGGAGGAUAAACACAAAGAUGCAGCUAAAAUACUGGGAAAAGCUGUGAUGGAAAUGGAGAGUGACACUGGCAAUCCAGAUCCUGUGGAAUUCACAUCAGAUCUUGAAACUUUCCUUGGUCAAAAAGAGUGCAAGACAAUGGCAGAUUGGAAGGCAUUAAAGAAAACUAAUCAUGCAAGAAAAGUUAAUGCUUUCCUUGUUGGUGAUCGUGUUCUUCCAGAGAAGUUGAAGCCAAAGGUACUGUAUGGACCACUUGCAAAAUAUGGACAUGAGUUGCUUUUCAAGAUGAAAACAAGGGCUAAAGGUUUUCUCAUAUUUGAUGCAUGUCUUCAUCUGGAAAGGAAAGGAUUGUUUUAUUUGAAUACUGUCUUGAUGUACCUGCGGAUGAGUGUACCUAGAGCAGAAACCCUCGAAAUUUUCAGAGAUGCUCAGUUUAUUAACAGCACAUGCAAGAUGUUAGGAAAGUACAUUGAUGUCAUGAAAGACGUCCCCAUUGAUCAUCUUGAGAAGAGUGUCAAAGACAUCAUGUGCAACCUUGGUCGUAUCUUGUUCGAUGUAAUUAAUGAAUAUCAAAGUCUUGAAAUCUUGGAGCAGUUUCUCUCACCCAUCAUAGAGAUGAUCAAUGUCAUUUGGGAUAGGAUCCCAAAGCCUGAAGCUACUGGCAGUGGUAUCCUGUUCCCCACUAUUUCUGUCUGUCACAAUGUUCUCCUUCACCUGGGAAGAGAGUUCUGUCCAAAUAUCUUCUUCUGUGCCCCUCAUCCCUCCAGGACACGCAGGUACACCACUUUCCUCUUCAAGCGAUUAAUUGCUAAUCUUCUGCAUGUCGAAGGUGCCCUUGAUUUAGACUGUCAUGGGAACACAAUGAUUCACACACUGAUGGUGUACUCACAAACUUUAUCACCACAACUGAUUGUAGAUAUUGCAAAGAUCCUGAUAAGACAUGGCUGCCCUACUGAUGCAAAGAACAAGAAAGGGGAAACCCCUUAUGACAUCAACAUGGAGAUGAGAGAAAAUGAAGAUGACUUUGAUGAUGAAGAUGAUUUUGAGGAUGAGGAUGGAGAUGAACCUUGCCUACAGCUGGACCCACGAGGAAUGGGCAUUGUGUAUGAGCUCUUGAAGGGUCCAGAAGAAGUGUAUUCUCUUCAAGAGCUUGCUGCAAGGUCUAUCCUUAGCUAUAGGAUCCCUUAUCGCCAGAAGCUUCCAUCUACACUGUGUGCUAUUAUAAGAGACCCAGUCCUGGAUGAAGAUUAUGAAGCUGGAGAUUCUGAGACUUCCAGUGACUAUGAUUCAGAUGGUGAACAAAACUGCCCAAUAUCUUGAGGAUACAAGCUCGUUUAUAACUUCUUUGCUUUCAUUGAUUUGACUUUUUUUGAAAUUGAACAACUUCUCAUUUUUUACCUCCAUCUGUGCUUUUUGUCUCACCUGCAUAGCAAGGCAAGACUAUAGGCGUCAUUUUUUUUCCAACGGCGACGGUAAUGCCAUCCCAUCAGCAUUAAAAUCUUAACCAAUGUUUUGUCACCUGCAUAGCAGAGUGAGACUAUAGGCGACGCUUUUCCGACGGCAGCGGCG